AUGCAUCUUACGACUCCUCUCCUCCUCACCAUCUUCGCCUCUCUAACCUAUGCGCAAGACCAAUCCCUACCAACAACCACCAUUCCUUCAGACCCCAACAACCCCAUCUCAGCAGCUCUGUCCGACUACUCCUCCGCAACAUCCCUAAUCGCCUCUCUAUUCUCUUCCGCUACAGAACCCAUAGAGAGUAUCUACUCAGAAGCAACCUCCGCCGUCGCCUCUGUAUUCGCAGACGCUACUAGUGGUGUCAGUAGUUUAGUUUCUGCAGUUGGGAGCCAGGGGAGUAGUGUGUGGAGUGAGAUCACAGCGACAAACACGCAAGAACCAACAGUGCUAGCAACAAACGCACAGGGAGAGACGAAAACGGUCACCGUGUCGAAGAGUGAGCAGACCGAGACCGCGACAUCUGGACCCGCUGCAUCGACGAGCGAGUCAGAGGCAAAGGAGACAAAGAACAAGAGAAGAGCUGAUGGGUUCUUGUUUGCUGCUGUAUUCGCCGCUGUCGCGUACUUGUAG